AGGGAUGGAAGACAUAAAUAUGGACAAAGAGGAUGCAUAUGCAGAUCCUACUGGAUUGAAGCCUGACGAACAUGAUCAAGGUCCUGAAGAGGAUUGUAAUAUGGAUGAACCAGAGAUUGCUGAACCAAUGGUGGAAGAUGAUUUAAACCAGCAAGGUGACCCUGCUGAGGAAAAGAAUGAGGGGGGUGAAACAGCUGAUUCAGAUGCAACUUUUGAUGAGGCGGACCCUGAGCAUUUUGAUGAAAAUCCUGGAGGAGCUGAAGAAGAAGGUGAUCAUGCAGAUGACACGAAAAAGGAACCAGCAGCACAAAAUAGAGAGAUCCUGCAGUCGGACACUUCUCAUUCUGUGGGUGAUAAUGUCCCAACUGCUGUGUCUGCAUCUGAGCCUAGAGGUGAAUAUAAUCAAGCAAAUUUGAAAGAUGCAGCUCCUGAAGCGAAGGGAUCUGAUGGUGGUGGGCCUCAACAUGACCUUGCUCCCAUGAGAGGUUUGCCUGAUGCCUCUAUGGUUGAAAUCAUGGCUUCUGAUUCUUCAAAUGGCCAAAAGCUGGGCAGGGAUCAACCUGAAAAUCCUUUACCUCCAGCUGAUUCAUCACAUCAACGGAUUCAGCCCAAUCCUUGUCGUAGUGUGGGUGAUGCCCUCGAGGGAUGGAAAGAUAGAGUCAAAGUCUCACUUGACCUACAGGAGAGCGAAGCUCCAGAUGAUAUGGCUGCUGAAAAUGCAAAUGAAUAUUCAUAUACUGCUGAAUUUGAAAAGGGAACAGCUCAAGCGCUUGGGCCAGCAACUGCUGAUCAAGUAGACAAAAAUGUACACGGAAAUGAUCUUGAAAGGGAAAAUGCAAGUACAGAGAGAAAAGAUGACAUUUCUGAAAUGGAGAUUGAGAGGCAGCUGUCUGAAGCACAUACUAUUAGUAAUUCCGCUUUAAGUUUCUGCAAUGACAAGGGCAAGCAAUCAGAGAUAAUGGACACUGAGGAGCAACCUGAAUCACCAUCAGAAGUUGAUGCUAGAGAUGAUACUGGUGUCACUAGUUUGUCUCAGAGUUUGGUCUCAGUGAAGAGGACCUUUUUGGUGGAGGACAUAAAUCGGCUUAGCGAGCUCUCGGUAGAUGAUGACGACCUAGGUAAGGCCCGUAACCUUGAAGAGGUAUCCGAUGAGAUGAGAAAGAAUGCUGCAACUCUCUGGAAAAAUUAUGAACUUCGCACUACGAGGUUGUCCCAGGAGUUGGCUGAACAGUUGCGUUUGGUAAUGGAACCCACUUUAGCUAGCAAGCUCCAGGGAGAUUACAAGACCGGGAAAAGAAUUAACAUGAAGAAGGUAAUUCCAUACAUAGCAAGUCAUUACCGUAAAGAUAAGAUAUGGCUAAGGAGAACUCGGCCUAACAAACGGAACUACCAAGUGGUUAUUGCUGUGGAUGACUCCCGCAGCAUGUCUGAGAGUGGUUGUGGACAUUUAGCCAUUGAAGCAUUGGUGACUGUUUGCCGUGCAAUGUCUCAGUUAGAAAUAGGACAGCUGUCAGUUGCCAGCUUUGGUAAGAAGGGAAACAUUCGCAUAUUGCAUGAUUUUGAUCAGUCAUUCACUGGAGAGGCUGGUAUUAAGAUGAUCUCUAGUUUGUCCUUUAAGCAAGAAAAUACAAUAGCAGAGGAACCCAUGGUUGAUCUUUUGAAGUACUUGAAUGACAUGCUCGAUGCCGCUGCUGUUAAUGCACGGCUACCAUCUGGGUACAAUCCGCUAGAGCAGCUCGUUUUGAUAAUAGCUGACGGCUGGUUUCAUGAGAAGGAGAACAUGAAACGCUAUGUCAGAGAUCUCUUGAGCAAAAAGCGAAUGGUCGCAUUUCUUGUGGUGGAUAGCCUACAGAAAUCCAUAUUGGACCUUGAGGAAGCUACCUUUCAGGGUGGAGAAGUUAAGCUUACAAAGUAUUUGGAUUCGUUCCCAUUCCCAUACUAUGUUGUGCUCAAAAACAUUGAAGCACUUCCUAGGACGCUUGCUGAUUUGUUAAGACAGUGGUUUGAGCUUAUGCAACAGUCGAGGGAAUAGGUUGCUUAUAUAACACAUGAUUCCUGUGAGAACCCCGAGAUAUAUACAUGUACAUAAUACCUUUCUCGGCCUUUUGUCGUAGAUCAAGUGUACAGACAGACAUGUAUAUAGGAGAAACUUGGUGAAUCACAUCCUCGCAAUCUGUCUCCUUAUGGGAUAACAUACAGUGCAGCUUUUCUUGGCUUGAGCUUUCCUUUCCCACUGGAGGGGGUGCGAGGUUUAGGGGGUGGGUCGGGAGGGGUGUUUCUGUUGGCAGCUGACGCACUGUAUAGCUCUGUAAAGGGAAAAUGUCAUCUUCCUACCUUACUGUCAUGUUGUAACUAUGGACGUUUACCUUAUAGUGCAAAGGUUUAAUAUUGCAAUCUUCAGGUUCCAAUCGAUUUGGUGGGUUUCAGUUUAGUGAUAAACAAUGUGGUGUAUUUCUUCCUAUUUUCUUUUUUCUCCGUCGAUAUAGCUUACAAAAUCAAAGGAAUUCAGCAGUGAAUUUUGAAUGUAAACUUGUCCUCCAAGAGCAAGAAGCACCAUUUUUCAUGCCGAGUA